AUGAACAGAUGGGAACCGUUUGUGUCGACAGUCUCGAAGCUCCCCGAGAAUCUGCUGCCUGCAGAGGACAUCCUGCUCCGACAAGACGGCGUAGGACUCUAUGACGGGCGAAAUAAAGCUGCAGAACAGACUGACGGACGGCUACAUCUCACUACGCAUCGACUGAUCUACCUACACUAUCCUUCCACGCCGCCAAAUGCCAGCUCGAACGGCAGCAUCGACUCGCGCUUAUCGAGGGCCUCGUGUGCGCUCGACUUGCAUCAGAUCAUUCAGACCGAGUUCUUCGCCGGCUUUCUCAAAUCCUCACCCAAGAUCACUCUCCUCUUACGCCCACGCGCAGAUGAGAACCUGACCAGAUUAGCACGCAAAAGGACUUGGCAAUGUCGGAUCUGUUCGUUCACUAACGCGCUGUCCUUGGCAUACGAGCAAGGGCGGUUCCAGACGUGUGGCAUGUGCGGCGUUCAGACCGAAUCCAUCGUGUCGAGUGAAGCACAGGACGAGCCCGCGCAGCCUGAGCCAGGCGAAUGCCCGACGUGUACUUAUCUGAACGCGCAGAACCAUCUGCGCUGCGAGAUGUGUAGUACUGUUCUGCCAAGGCCGAGGCGACCGUCAGGCGCCGACACCCCGCCAGACAUGGCCAUCUUCGUCAGACUGUCCUUCCGUCAGGGCGGCUCAAAGCCCUUUUAUGCCGCGCUCAAAACCGCUCUAUCUGCCCGCCAAUGGGAGGCCCGUCCUAACAUCCCUACAGGCGAGCGAAACGUGGCCACCGUUGGCAUCGACGGUCUACUGAAAGCGAUAGAUCUUGACAGUAGAGAAGAAGACAGAGGAAUGCAAGAUGCGCUACGCGAUCUCGAAGCGCUCAAGAUUCGAGCUCAAGAAAUGAUAGGCAUGGCAAGGGCAAUCAGUGCCAAGCUUACGAAACAGGCAGCAGGCAUGGGCGAAGACGACAGCCAGCCAUCAGACGAACAGAUUAGUCUCAUUCGAUCCACGGCUGUCAAUCUCGGUCUCCCUGCACCUGCCGUGACGGCAGAGAUGGUCCGCGAUGAACAGCUUUACCAUCAGGAGCUAGCGGCCGAGCUCGUCUCCGUCCUGUUCGGUCAGUCAGGGGCACGGCAGCGACCGGUCGUCAUGCGCAAUGAUAGAGGCUCAAAAGGCAUCAUCACACUGGACGAAGCUUGGUGCAUCUGGAACAGAGCCAGAGGCGUUUCGCUCGUCUCGCCCAAAGACAUGAUGGCUGCCUGCGAAUACCUUGACUUAGUGCAUGGCCCUCGUCUUCGUACAUUUGCGUCCGGCCUCAAGAUUUUGCAUAUGCCGGUGUAUACAAAUGAUCAGAUCCUGCCUCGCAUCCUUGCCGACCUAACUGCGGCUGAGCAAUUGCGAUCGCGUUCGACGCUGGAGAUCGCACAGACUGAGCAGCUCACCGUCACGAUGGCGGCAGAGUUGCUCGAUCUACUCGAAACAGAGACUGGACAGCUCUGCCACGACGGCGAUCUGAAAGACGGCAAGCGUUGGUAUCCCAAUCUGAUCUUGUCACCGUCUGCCGUAUCUCAAGGUGCAGGCUGA